AUGGAAAUUCAUUCUAAGAAUUCAACUAUUCAAAAUAAUGAAAUUCAAUGUUUAGUCUAUUCGCAUACAUCAAAACAUAAUUCAUUAUUUAAAGAAAAUACUACAAUAAAUUUGAAUAAUACAAAUUUAGAUUUCAACUAUAAAUUGACCCAUUCAAAAUGUCAUAAUGAUACAGUUCCAAAUUUAUAUUUAGAUAAUAUGAAUCAAUUAUCUGAUCAAAUUAUUAAUCCACAAUUACGUAAAACCGCUAUUAUUGACAUUUGUAAAUCUAUUGAUGAUAAUAAAUUGGAUAUAGGCUAUUUUAUUUAUUCACGUCCAGGUAUUAUAGCUGCAUUACUCUUAGAAAUUGUACAACAUUAUCCAACUGAUAAAAGUAUAUCACUUUCAUCAGAAUCAUUUGAAAUUAUAUGUUCAAUAAUUGCAAUAUUUCAACAAAUUAUACUUAACAACAAAUUUCGUUCUGAUUUUAUUAGCACAAAUCUUUUAACAUAUUUAUUACCUUAUUUUAAUAUUGAAAAUCAAACUGACGAAACGGAACAUUUACGUAUUAGUUUAUUAAGUUUAUAUGUUACAGUAACAAGUAAAUUAUCAAUUAAUGAAAUAGAAAAUUUUCUUUUACCAGAAUUAAAUAUACAUUUCAAUAAUGAAACAAUAAAUGAAAAAAGAUUAGAAAUAAUCAAUAAAGAAAUGAAUUUGAAUUCUAUUCAUAAUACAUAUUCUAGUUUAAAUGAUUUAUUUAAACAAACAUUGAAAGCAUUAAUUCAAUGUCAUACUGAAAUUGGUAAAACAAUAGCACUUAUUUUAUUAGAACGUUUAUUGAAUUGUUCAAAACAACGAAUUCGUCUUUAUUAUGAUUAUCAUUUAUUUAAUGAAUUAAUUUUAUGUCUUACACAAAUAAUUCAAUAUAUGGUAAAAAAAUUCACUAUUGAAAUACAACAACAAUUUAAGCAUAAAAUUUAUUUAUAUAAACAAUAUGAUAAAAUAAUAUUUAUUAAAGCUAAACGUUUAUUACAAUUUACAUUAGAAUGUUUUAAUCAAUUAAUGAUUGAUUUGAAAUUACGUAAUCGAUUACGUCAUAGUUUACCUAUUGAAUUACGUUCUAAUUUAUUUUCUGUUAUAUUAUUACAUGAUCAAGAUGUUCAAUUAUGGUUAGAAAAAAUUUGGUCACAAUUAGGAUGGAACAAAAUGAAUUAA